CAAAGCCGUCAUUGAUUCAUAAAACGAAUCCCGUACUUUUUCCAUCGCAUUUACCUUUCGACCCCUAGGGUCGAUCAUUUCUGCCAUGAAAUUCGUUAUACUACUGAUGUGUAUCUCUGGAAGCUUCUGCUAUCUUCCUACAGGAAAGGAUAACUUCCUUUCCGGCAUAUUUUUGCGGGACCUAGUGAACCGUAUCAAUGGCAAAGGAAUAUCAGAAGGCGAUGGGAUCUCCUAUUUGGAUUUCACCGAUGGAUUGCCGUUGGACGCGCGUUCUCUCACCAGAGACCUGGAGGAGGAGCAGCUGUUGGACUACGACGGUCUAGCAGAGGUUAGCCUGCAUCCCAGCAUAAGGGAUCAGGAAUACCUCCAGCACAGCACCCUUUGGGGAAAACAGUUUGGUCCGGGAGGGGCAGGGGAAGGAAACCAGCUGAUGCGAAAUCAAGGAAUGAAGGCUAAACAGGAAGUCAAAACUGAUACCACCCUGCCAGCCUAUUGUAAUCCUCCAAAUCCGUGCCCAGUGGGUUAUACUG